GAAAGUUUAAAAGCCAGCCAUUGCGGUCUGAUACGUGUGAUAACUUAUUUUUUAUUUUGAGAGGAAAACUAUAAUACUUUCACUUCUCCCUGUUGUUCAUAGUUGUUAUGCUAGCAUCAGCUGUUGAGAUGUUCAUAUCUUAAGGUCAAUGACGCUUAUGAUGCUCAAGGGAGCUCUUUUAUUGCUGCGCCAGCUGUCAUGAUUAAAAUAGGCGAUUACAUCAACCGAACAUAUAGAGAAAGAAUCGGACCGAGUUCGAUUCUGUUUUUUGAUCAGCCGCUAUUUAUCCUUGUGUUUGUGCUCUCCGUUUUCAUAAACAAGUAUGUUUUGUCGGUGCUCAACUUUACCUAUCCAACCAUUUUCCAAGGCUGGCAGACACUGGUCGGUGUCAUCAUUCUCAAGAUUUUUGUCUUGUGUAGUAGCAACAAAGCCUGGCGAGUUUCAAGGCUCGACAGAUAUGAGUUCUUGAUGCUUUUGCCACACUUUAUCUUCUACGUGUCAGCUAUCGUAGCCGGCUCAAAAGCACUCUCCAAGCUGCCAAUUGCCGUCUUUGUCAGUGUGAGUGGUCUGCCAGCCAGUUGCAUAUUCCUCCUAGAUAAUCUGCAGGAAAGCGACUCAAGAGCCACCCGUAUCCAGCUCUCGUCUGCAGGCAUCGCAUUCGGAACUUCAGUUCUCAUUUUACUACUUGACACUCAACUUGAAGAAGAGGCCCAUUUGGAAACCACAAACAGCCCUUACUAUUGGGCCUUGUUUUUUGUUAUCUGCCUGACAGCUCAAUCUCUGUAUGCUAGAAUAUCUGACACGCAUAAGUACUCAGCCCUUGACAAGUUUUACUACAGCAAUCUUUUUAGUGUGAUAGUCUUGGCACCUGCCAGUGUUUACCUUGAAGAAGCAUUCCAAGCUUUGCAUUUUGAAAAUGCACAACAGACCCUCUUCCACGCCUCGUGUCUGCUCUCUGGCCUCUUGGCCACUGGCGUUGGCCUGCUGCACUGCCGCACAUCGGCCGAUCCUGACUCUGACCUGACGCGCGGCAGAGCGGUAGCCGGCCUCAUCAGCUUCCUCAUUCCAGUCUUUAGAAUUCCUGAGAGCGCUCUCGUGCAGUGGCUCAUUUUUCUCAACUUAACCUCGGGUCUGCUGUUUCCAUUUGACGAGAUGUGCCAUGAGCCUGCUGUUGGCAAACCCGUCUCUCUAGCAAGUAUUCAGAAGAACCUAAUGGUUAUUUGAAUAAUGUGAUAUACAUUGAAACUCUCAUUGCAGCUCUGUGCAAAACUGUCUAAAUUGGCAAAAGGUAAAUUGACUCUUAUAAAUAUAAAUGGACUGAAAAAUUAUACUACAUAGAUAAUUAAAAUAUUGUACAUUUUUUA